UUAUCUUGGAAACUUGAAGAUGAAGUACUUUCUUCUGCCAACUCAUUUAGCAUUUCUCUGUAGCUUUGCACUAAGUAAACCUGUCCAGAUAGCUACAAGAAAGAAUGACUUAGGUAGUGAAAUAGCUGUGUAUGAAGGAGACAUCCUCUUGAGACGAGGGCGACGCAGUGCAAUUAACUGUGAGAGUUGUUUAUGGCCCAAGUCACAAGAUGGACUGGUCAAGGUUCCAGUUAACAUCUCUUCUGAUUUCUCAAUAACAGAGAGGUCUUGGAUUGCUGAUGCUUUGCAAGAGAUCUCCACACUGACCUGUGUGCAAUUUGUAAAUCGCACUACAGAAAAAGACUAUGUGUAUGUUGAACGAGGGCAGAGCUGCUGGUCGUACUUUGGAAAGAUUGGAGGACGUCAAGCAGUGGGCCUGGUGAAAAAUGGUUGCAUGGAUAAAGGAGCAAUUCAGCAUGAAAUGAACCACGCUCUGGGUUUCAUCCAUGAACAGGCACGGAGUGAUCGGGACAGGUUUGUCAAGAUUAUGUGGGAACACAUAGUGGCAGGGGAACAAGGAAACUUUGGGAAAAUGAAUUCCAAAAACCUGGGCCUUCCCUAUGACUACUCUUCAGUGAUGCACUACGGCGCGUAUGAUUUCUCCAGCGCUCCAGGAAAACCAACUAUUGUACCAGUUCCUGACCCCUCUGUACCUAUUGGGCAGAGAGAAGGGCUGAGUAACUUGGAUGUAGCUAAAAUCAACAAGCUCUACAAGUGCAAUUGCUGUAGCUCUGUGUUGCCUAAACCCAAAGGCUCGUUCUCCUCUGUCAAUUACCCAUCCCCAUACCCGAACAACAGCAACUGUCUGUGGUUGAUCCGCAUCCGUCGAAGUAAGAUUUUCCUGCAGUUUGAGGCUUUUGAUCUCCAACACUCCACAGACUGUUCUUCUGACUAUAUAAAAAUUUACAACGGGAACAGCAAGAGCUCCCCUGUCUUGCUGGACAAGUACUGUGGGAAGGGCCCACUGCCCUCCUUAGUGGCAUCUGGAUCGACAGUGCUGGUAGAAUUUGCAAGCGAUGAGAGCAUUACAGCCACAGGAUUCAGAGCCUCCUACAACAGGGUGAAUUGUGGAGCCACUUUCAGAGAUUCAAAGGGAGUCAUCACCUCUCCAAACUACCCCAGUAAAUACCCCAAAAACCGAGCAUGUUUCUGGGUCAUCACUUCUCCAGUCGGAUACAAGAUAUCUCUCAAAAUGUUAUCCUUUGAGCUGGAAUAUAGUGACAGAUGCAUCUAUGACUACUUGCUCAUACAUGAUGGAAGCCGCCCUACAUCACCUGCAGUUGGCCCUUAUUGUGGGACAGAGAAGGUUGCAGACUUUACUUCCACUGGGAACUUUGUGCUGGUUGAAUUCCACACUGAUUUAGUGUGGGAGUUGCCUGGAUUUGCAAUGAGUUAUACAUUUGGUAGGUAAAUACAAUACAGAUGGGGUUUGAAAAACACAGAAUGAGAGUAAGAGUCCAGGUAGCCAUAGGUCAAAGUCAAGAUGCCACCAAUUUCAGAAAAAAAAGUAUAGCCUGAUACCUUUAACAAGCUUGAAGUUUGACCUCUUAGUCUUAGAUCUACAGUGGUGUUAAUUUGCAUGGUGAAUCAAGGACAGAAAUGUUCCUGCCCAUGGGAUGCUUCUGCCUGAGACUGUAUGCUUUUUAUUAUAAUAUUCUCAUUGCUGGUGUUGCAUGGCCAAACACAACAGCAGAGCUGAAACUAUGUAAGCAGAUUUUCAAGAACUUCUAGUGGUAGAAACUGGGUCCAUAAAAAAAUUCAGAACAUGGCUAUGUAGUAACUCUAACCUGUAUUCUAGCAAAUUCUACUACCUAACCUUAAUGUGCAUUCCAGCAUACAUACAGAAAAAUCUUCAGACACAUUUAUUUAUGCUUUGAAGCCAAGAUCACUUAUACAGUUUAUAUAGGCACCAGAGCUUAGCCUGGAAAUAACCACUUGACACGGAACAAGUGGUGUCAUAGUACAGUAUGACAUACAGUACCUCAAAGAUUUGCACUACUCCUCUGCGAGAUGAACCAGGUCAGGGAACAGAUUUAACUAAAGAAACUAAAGUUAAGAGUGGUAGGAACAAGCAGUGAGGAAGAAGGAAUGGAAUGAACCUAUUGCUGCCCCUUUGCUGUGGCCUGAGUCAGGUAUUGAAAUUGUCCAAAAGGUAUUACGACAAUAGUUUUUAAAAAUGAGGCCUGAAAACCUAAUGCAAAGACCAUUGAAUGUGCUCUUUGAGAGCAUUUUAGGUGUGAAGCACCUUGUCUGUAGAGAGAAAUCCUCCUCCUCUAAGGAGAUGGCUGGAGCUGAGAAAGAAAUCACCACUGUAAACACCUAAUGCUUUGCCUUGACUUGAUGUAUUCAGAAUUAAAUGCCAAUGCCAAACUGGGAGAUGCCAAACUUAAGGAAUAAUAAAAGAUUUUGCUAGAAUUAUGCCUUUGUGAAGAAGAGCAUGUAGAAAAUGUCAAUUUGCUUUCCUGGUGCAGCCAAGAAAAUUUUGAAUUAUGAUUACUUUGUAGUGGCAGGGGGAAGGGGCUUAAGGAUCUGUAAUGUUUUGGUUUUUAAGCACUGGUUAAUUUUCACCCACAGAAGAAUGAUAAUUGAUAAGUUGUGGACAUCAGGGUUUAGAGCUUGCUUGCAUUGUGGUGGGAAAGUGCAUGCACAGCAGGCAACAAAUAUUUGUAUUUCUUACAAGCUCCCAUCUUCUGGCUAUAAAAAGUAUUCCCUCAUUUAAUUUGGUUCACUAUUUAGAUUGGCACAUUUUUGGAGAAUGUAACAAUUUCAUCAGCAUGACAGAAAAUUAAACUCUACUUCUAUUUUUAACCUCGACUUCAGACUGUAAAAAUGCUAAUUCUUCUCCUUGAGCCUGAGGAUUUUCAUGGAGGUGCAAAAGUAACAACCCUGUGAUAACUCUCAUUGUAUAACAAAGUCAAAUGGGUCCCUAUUUUAAACAGGCAGUGCUGGACAGCUUUGUAACUUGAGUAUUACUUUAGAUUCCCCUCCCUUGGUCUGAUGUGGAGCUCCACAUAGGUCCAAUGUUUUAGAUGUUCACCCAUAUUUGGUAAAAGAGCAUGAAUAGCACGUUCAAACAGCAAUAUACCAUAUAUAGGAAUAAUGGUCUUGCAAUUUGUCCCUAGAAAUAUGGUUUUAAGUAGGACAUUGCCCAUGUAUAAAUAUUAUAUAUAAAUUGGCUCUUAACACUCAUAUGCUGAGCUACAUGAAUUUAGAGUAACCAGCUAGUAGACACAAGGGACAAUAUAGUCAAAAGUUUGGGAUUCAAAUACCACAAUAGGAGGAUUUUCAGAAGUUCUAAUUAAAGUGCAACACUCAACACACUUUUGAAAUCCAAAAUGUAAGGAUUUAACCUUAAAACACAGAGGUAUCUAACAGUGAUGAAUAUAUGCAUUCCCAUAGCUGUACAUAACUCAUGACACAAACAGGUAUUACCUUAACUGUGUACAAAACCAGAUGUUUUUAAAGAGAAACCCACUUCCACAAGUCUGUGUGUGUGGAAGAAAUAAGAGUGUUUGUGUCCACGUAUUCCUUUCUUACCUGCUUUGAGACUGUCCUGGUUCCUACUUGGGAGGCAAAUCAGAGCCUUUGAGUACUAUGAUUUUGCUGUCUGUAAGGACCAGAACAGAGAUCUGUCAAUUACUGCUGCAGGAGAAAAAACAGCCUGGAAUAAAACAUUACAGAAGCACACAAAAAUGCGCUACUCAUAGGUCUUUUUUUGUGUUUGAUUUAAAACACAUUUCCCUUACAUAAAUAAAUAACUGUGGUUGAGAUGA